AUGACAAACAACAAUGAUGCUGACAAUCCACUCAUGGACACUAUUAUGACUCCAUUAUUCAACAGACCCAAUGCGAGCAUUGUUCAUCCUGAAAUGGGCAACAAUCAUUGGGAGCUCAAGUCCGAUAAUAUUCGACUGGUGGAGAGAGAGCAGUUUGGUGGAGAGGAUGAUGAAGACCGUCAUAGAUUCAUAAACAGAUUCCCGAUGAUCUGUGAUUCUACAAAACAUCCUCAAGUGUCUAAUCAUGCAGUUCGGCUGAGACUAUUUCCUUUUGCUCUUAAAGGAAAGGCUCUUAGUUGGUUGGAAAAGCAGCCUGCAGCAAGCAUCUCAACCUGGGAUGAUUUAUCACAGAAGUUCUUUGCUCAGUUCUUCUCGAUGGAGAAAAUCUUUUUCAAUGGUUGCAAACCUGAGAUUCGGAUGGUGCUAAAUGGUGCAGCAGGGGGCACUAUUAAAACUCUAAGAGCAAAUGAGACUCUUGAGUUGAUUGAGAGGAUGGCUGCCAACGAAAACCAAGCGUUGUCAUCCAAGGCUAAAAGAGGUAUUCUUAAACUGGAAGGCACUGAUGUGGUGAUGGCUGAAAAUAGUUUGUUAUCUCAGCAGGUAGCAAACUUGACAUCAAGGCUUGAUAAGAUGCAAUUUUCUAGCGUUCAAGCUCAAGCUGCAGCAGUUGUCUGUGAAUAUUGCAAGGAAGAUCAUGAAUCCAAUGAAUGUCCUACUCUGCUAGCCGAUGAUCCUCCUCAGCAGCCACCGCCAGUUCAACCGAAGGAACCUUCUGAGUUAGAGAAGCUAGUGGGACAAAUGGCCCAACACUCCAAUGCUUUUAUGGAAGAGACUCGGGCAAACACUAGAAACACACAAGCCUCUAUCAGAAAUUUGGAAAACCAGAUUGCUAAACAGAUGGCCGAAAGAACUCCAGGCACUUUCCCUAGCAAUAUAGUUACUAAUCUGAAGGAUGAUUUUAUGGCUAUAACUACAAGAAGUGGCAAGGUGGUGGCAGCUCCAACAAAGCCAACCGGAAAUGCGGACGCUAUUGGAAAAGGUAAGGAGGUAGAAGAAGAAGUGGUUAUUCCUUCUGAUGUUGAGACACCUGUUCAAAAAGGUGAGGAAGAGGAGCCACAAAUAACUGUUGCUGAGAAAAAGAAAUUCGAGCUGAAGCCAGAAUGUGAGAGCUAUGGCACCUUACCCAGAAAGGUUUAA